AUGAAGAAAGGAUACAAAGUAACCGAUGUUAAAAGGGAGAAAAAAAUAGGUGUAGCUGCUGAAAAUGUGGAGGAGUUGAUCUCGAAAUCAUGUAAAAAGUUAGGGUUCAAUGUCAGCUGCGCGGAUUGCCGGCUCUUCGUCGCGGAGGACGGGACGCAAGUGGAUGAUGACGACUAUUUGGCUACACUGCCUCCACAAACACUCUUUAUAUUAUUGAAAAAUACUGAAAAUAUGGUUACUGACUUUGACUACUACUAUGAAAUGAUCCGGUCGCAGAAAAAAGAGUACAUUGACACAGGGGCUGCAGCCAAGGAGUUCCUCAGCACUAACCUCAAGGAGAAGUUCAAGGUGUUCCAGAAGUACAUUGCAGCUGGUGAUGAUGCUAAGACUAUGCUCAGUGAGAGGGCACAGGAUCCUGGUUGGUUUGAAGGAUUAGAGCCAUCAGAGAAAACUAAAGAGCAGUCGAUGGCGAAACGUGUUAAGGAAAGGAUGCGUGGUUACUAUUACAAGACCAAGACAGCUCUACAGUCAUCUGACAUCUACAUACACUCAAGAAACGGACGAGGUAAGAAACUCAUUGACCAGUUCCUAACUGAUCUGCGCAACAUACUUGACUCCCACAAGUACAAUGAGACAUACUUCAACCGCAAAGCCAAUAAAACCGCUCGUAUAUGCGACGAACGAGGUGUCUUCCAAUGUGGCGGUCUCUGGAGCGCGGACAAGUGUCUCUAUGAAGGCGAACACGUCAUCAACCCAUACCGGAGCCGCGAAGAACGCAUCAUAUUCCAAACCUGGAAUCUCGACCAUAAAAUUGAGCUCUCAAGAUCUAUAAUUCCGAAAAUUUUACAAGCAAUUGAUGGGUUGUAUAGCGGUGAUAUUAAGUGUAUGCUAUGUGAUAAAGGUUCUAAAGUGGGUGGGAUUGAAGCUGAUAGGUAUUUCCUACAAAUAUUCACGCGGGAGAAUCUCAAGCUGGUGCACAUCGUGUGCCACUAUAAGGGGAAGCAUGAUGCAGAGUCUGGUGUGUAUACACUCUGUAAGAAAUGCUAUGGAGGCCAAAGCAUUGAUUAUAAUUAA